GGUUUCACUCUGGUUGGAAACUUGAUAAAGUUCCUGUUUAACAUAUUCCUUGAAUUCUAUAGCGACUAUCAUCGGAGGAAAUACACACGUUAGUUAAUACAGUUUUCAGAGCAGGAUUACAUUAUGCAUAUUGGGGUAGCAAGAUCGUCAUCUUGAAAACACCUGCGAUAUAACAGGUAUUGGAGGGAAGUCGUUGAGCGUUCACGACUGGAACAGGUUAGGACAAGUCUCCUCUCCCCAGUCUACAGUGUCGGGUGGUGGGACUCGGUGGGGGGGAUGUGUACCAGUGGUGUUCCAGCCAGCUCCAGCCAUGGGGUCAGCCGGUCGGGCUCCUCGUAUGCCCUGUGUGCCCUUGGGGUGGGGCUCAUAGCCCUGGGCAUCAUCAUGAUUGUGUGGUCAAUGGUUCCCGGGGAUGCUACCCAGACAACCAAGACUCCAGGCAACUCCAGUAUAACAGUGCCAGCAGACCAUGGUGAGGAUGGGGAUGGCGAGGAAGACAAGGAAGCAGCGAAGACCUUAUCAAUAGCCUAUGUGCUGGUGGGGGCAGGGGUGGCCAUGCUGCUGCUGUCUAUCUGCCUGGGGGUGAGGAACAAGCGGAGGAAGCACCAGAGAAGACAAGAGACACAGGCCGUAGGAGUCCGCUUCGUGGACCAUGUGGCUGGGGAGGCAGGAGAGAAUUUAGAUGAGCCAGUCCCAGUCUACAACGUGCCCAGUUAUGAGGAGGCGGUCACCAGUGGCCAGUUCCCCAUCCGCCAGAGCAACUUACGCCAGAGCAACUCCCAGCUGCCUUCCUACGAGGACCUCAUCUGUGCUGUGGAAAACGAGGGGGCGGGACCAAGUGCUGCCCCAGUUAAGGAGGCUCAUCCUAGCAGUCCCACUCCUGAGCCCCAGCCCGCCGCUGCAGCCAACUCCCACAGUGUAGGCCGGGCCAGCCGGAUACUACGGCCCAACAGGGUACGCAGAAUCAAGUCUGAGAAACUCCAUCUGAAGGACUUUCGUUUUAACAUUCGCAACCCUACUGAUGCGAAGGUGACCAUUGAACCAAUCACUCCGCCACCACAGUACGACGGCAAGAUACCUGAGUUCUGACAGCGCCCCCUAUAGCCUGGGAGUACUAAAAGCAUUGUUUCAAUGUGUUUUUAACUAUCGCCCUACAGAAGGCUUGACGGGGUGCUACGCCACUGCUUAUAACUAUAAGUUAACUAUCGAACUUAAAUUAUCCAGCUCAGGGAGCCAGCUAUGCAUUUUGUUUGCUAACUUGCUAAGUGGCUAGCUUGCAAGUUCAAGCUUCUUGGUUAUAGCAGACAGUCAAUACCCUCCUGGAUCAAGAUCCUUGCUACCUAAAUUUGUUUUGUGCGUCAAAAUUAUAUGAUUUCAAAUGACUUUUUUACAUUGGGAAAGAACUAGCACCCCUUGUGUGCACUGCCGGUAAUACUGUAUAUCACGGUAUGGUACAGGAAUGGUGUGAAGGUAGGAACCUGGAUACCGCACAACCCUGCCCUGCAGGACACACUGCACCAAAUACCCUAGUUUCAGACUCCUAAUGAUCCUUACACCUCUGAAGCCACUUCCAUACCCGUCAAAAUAACUUAUCUCUGAACUCUCAAUAGCUGUUUUUCCCACCAAGUUUUAGAUAAGGGGAAUAAUGGGGUGUUAACACUAGAGAUCCUGACCGCCAGAGUGACAUCCCUUUUCUCUGCAUAAGCGAGCUUGGCCCUUCUUCUUCUGUCUGCUGAUGCAAUCAGGUCCUCAAACACAGGGGAGCGCCAGGGUGGGGAAGUUAUUAAAAAGGCAUCGGGGUUCUCUGGGUCUGUCGCCACAUCAGACAUGAUGUCUUCAGUUGACCCCACAAAUCAAUGCUUCCUUUCAGCAGAGUUCUUUUGACCGACUGUCUUGAACACUUGAAUCUCAAAGCUAAAAAAAAAUAAAAAUAAAAGCGCAAGUCUCAACUUUUAAAAACUCAGUACUGUAUUUAAAAUGUAUGGAUUGGUUCACAUUUAUAAACUAACUCGUCUCCGGCGACGCAGUCUUCUCUUUUGUAUGUUCCGUUCCUUUUCUCCAUCUGGGGUCUCUGACGACUUAUGCAUCUCUUUCAGUCCAACACCGAUUUGCAGCUACAUCUGAGGUGACAGUGUGGUCUGUUAGCAAUGGCUAUAUGCUUCAAACUCCUUGAAAAAAGGAUCAAAUGUAGAAUAUUGUUGCAGUCAGUCCAUGUCUUCGUAGGACUACUCACUUUCAAAUUCUGCCAUGCGCCACUCUCCAUCUGUGGACCUUCAUCUCAGCUGACUGACCAGCGGACAGUACACAGGUGUUGUGCGGGGGCGGUUGUUCCUGAGACAUUAGUUGACAAAGAAAAGUUCAUGCAUGAUAUUUGCACUAACACUUAAUGUAACAUAUUUGAGAAUGCUAUAAAAUAACCAUCAUACAAGAACCCCCCCCCAAAAAAAAUGAUCACAUUUGUCUUCACUUUUCUUGCGGCUUAUACUACAUUUGUUCUCCUCACCAGCAUUAAUGUGUAGAUCCCUUACUGUCCGCUAUUAAUUAAAAUAGAAAAGAGCAUCAUUAGUAAAUAUUCAAAUAUUCAAUGUUAGCUACCACCAGUGUGCAAGUUGCAAAAGUAAACAUUGAACUAGCUCAUUCCAUUUUGCCUGACGAACGCCCGUCAUCCUUUCAGGUGCAGUCGCUGCAGAAGUGCUUAGCUGUAGCUGCUGCUGUUGUUGUUGGAAUAGCUAGUUGAGCUACUUGUGUCAUCAGUCUAUCGUCCAUAUCAGCCACCAUGUUGUAGACCGGCAUCUGAUUCAGCCUGGUUAUGACAUGAGUUGUUGGAAAUCCAUGCCCUCAUUUGGUGAUGCAUCAUUCCCUUGCACAAAGAGACUUCCGGCAGGUCCCAAAAACUAAUUGUAUCAAUAUAUUUUUUUGAAUCAAUAGCCGCUUGUCUCCUUUGCUGUAUUUUACGAGGCUUGGUUAGCUAGCUAACGUUCAAUAGCUACCAAGCUAUCCGUUCUUCCACCAACGUUGGAAAGCUAACGUUAGCCAACUGCUUUGGAAGAUUUGUAGCUAGCUAGUUCAUUUUACUUGCCAGCAAACAGUAGCUUGUUCUAGUCACCAAAAAUCCAUGUAACAUGAUCAUGUUAAUGUUAGUUAUUGACUACAUUGCUACUGUAGCUAUCUCUGCCAAUGUUAUAGCUGCUACAGUGCCAGCAAGCAGAGAUAGCUAUGCUAGCUAGAUUUAUUUCAAAUAUAAUGUUAUUUGUCACAUGCGCCGAAUACAACACCAAACCGUGAAAUGCUUACUUACAAGCCCUUAACCAACAAUGCAGUUCAAGAAAUAGAGUUAAGAAAAUAUUUACUUAAUCAACUAAAGUAAAAAAUAAAAUAUAAAGUCACACAAUAAUAAACAGCGAGUAGUAUUGGUGUAAAAACAAAGGGGGAGGUGUCAAUGUAAAUAGUCUGGGUGGCCAUUUGAUUAAUUGAUCAGCAGUCUUAACGGCUUGGGGGUAGAAGCUGUUAGCGAGCCUUUUGGACCUAAACUUGGCGCUCCGGUACCGCUUGCCGUGCGGUAGCAGAGAAAACAGUCUAUGACUUGGGUGACUGGAGUCUUUGACAUUUUUUGGGGCCUUCCUCUGACAUCACCUAGUAUAUAGGUCCUGGAUGGCAGGAAGCUUAGCCACAGUGAUGUACUGGACCGUACGCACUACCCUCUAUAGUGCCUUACGGUCGGAUGCAGAGCAGUUGCCAUACCAGGCGAUGAUGCAACCGGUCAGGAUGCUCUCGAUGUUGCAACUGUAGAACGUUUUGAGGAUCUGGGGACCCAUGCCAAAUCUUUUCAGUCUCCUGAGGGGGAAAAGGUGUUGUCGUGCCCUCUUCACAACUGUCUCGGUGUGUUUGGACUAUGAUAGUUUGUUGGUGAUGUGGACACCAAGGAACUUGAGACUCUGUCUCAUUUGGAAUGUUGUGGCUGUGGGCUAUAGAGUACUCGCAGUACCAUUUAUUAAUGUUAUCCCUAACCAUUUACAUGGCAUGGUGCGACGAGUACAAAAAACACCCUCCCAUUGAAUUGUUGUGGCUUGAAGUGGUUGAGAUGGCUGCGUUUUCAAAUCACAUUAAUUUGAUUGGUCAUUUUCAACCGUCACACCCUCACUUCUGGUUUUGUUCGUUUAAUUGGAUUAUUUACCUUUCAAUCACUAUGCCCAUGUAUUUUAUUGGCUGAUGAGUUUGAGCCAAUGUUUUAUGAAAUUACAGUUCCGGUCCUAUCAAAACUGAAACUCUGAUGCAUGGUCGCUCCAGCAGAGACUUUUUUUUCCUGGUUCAUAUACAAAUAGACCAGACCCAGCUGCUAUCGCAUUAGUGUCUAUGAGAUAGCCACCCCUUAGGUAGACUUGAACUAAUAAAUUCAUAAAAAAAUCCUACAAUGUGAUUUUCUGGAUUUUUUUUCUCAUUUUGUCUGUCAUAGUUGAAGUGUACCUAUGAUGAAAAUUACAGGCCUCUCUCAUCUUUUUAAGUGGGAGAACUUGCACAAUUGGUGGCUGACUAAAUACUUUUUUGCCCCACUGUAUAUCAUCCAACGAAGUGCUUACUUGCAGGUUCCUUCUCGACAAUGCAACAACAAUAAGAAAUAAUAAAAGAUAAGAGUACGAACAUAAAGUAAAUGGCAGUAGAAUAUAAUACAAAUUUAGCAUAAACAGGGGCGCAACUUCGUUUAUUUUAUCCAGCCGUAUAAACACUCCAAACAGUCUACCCGACCACCCGGUGGCGUCCGCAUGAUCCUAAAGCACAGCGUUGCCUCAUUUUGUAUCACAUUCCAAUGAUAAAACUGAGGGGAAAAAUGCAAUUUCGGAAUGUCCCCAGUACUCCCCUGAGCAUAAGUAUAAUACAGUUCAGAAACUGUCUCUGAGGCUGUUGGUAUCCGUCCUCAUGCUCCGAUACCAUCUGCCGACGGUAAGGGAGAUAAACGCUCAUGGCUGGGGUGUGUGGGGUCCUAGAUGAUGCUGCGUGCCUUCCUUAGGCACCGCUUCAAGUAGAUGUCCUGUAUGGGUGGGAGCACAGUGAUGUACUGGGCCAUCUUCACCGGCUGGAGGGCCUUGCUCUUGUGGACGGAGCAAUUCCCAUACCAGGUCGUGAUGAAACCAGUCAGGACGCUCUCGAUGGUGCAACGGUAGUAUUUGGAAAGCAGAUUACUCCAUCAUACACCGGACGGACAACAAUGUACUGCAACGUCAGACUGAAGUUAACAAAAUGCAAGGCAGUAUGUGGACACAGGCGAAGACCAAGGCAGAGAGGAAAACAAUAAAGACUGAAACUGGGGCCAGAGCUAUUUAAAUUGACACAUUUCAUCCCCAUAGACAUGGCUGUAGUGGACCAUAUGCAAAAUAUUUUACUGGGGACACCAAAACACGUUUUUACCGUCUAAGAAUAUUGGUGUGCUGAAUGACGUAAUACUAAGAAAUAUACAGCUUAAAGUUGAUGCCCCGAAAGCACCUGCAGACAUGGGCCAACUACCCGCGAAAAUCUCUAAUCUCCUCUGGGUUUUCUCAUUUCAAUGCACAAGAAUGGAAAAAUUGGACAUGCGUUUACUUCCUAUUCACUCUGAAGGGACUUGAACGACAGCAGGUAGCCUAGCAGUGUCUUUCAAGUCCCUUCAGGCUGAACUGAAAAGGUGGCUGGUUUGAAUCCCCGAGCCGGCAAGCUGAAAAAUGUGUCUGUGCCCUUGAGCAAGGCACUUAACCCGAAUUGCUCCAGGGUCGCCGUCAAUAAUGUCUGAUCCCUGCUGUUUGUCAUAACAAGUGAAGAUGGUAAUGAUAUGUUUGUCUUCACAUUCAUGUAUCCAAACAAGGGUCUAUCUCACCAUUGUACAGCUGACAGAACGACAUUAAAAGGUAGACAUGCUGGGGAGAGGUCAUAAGCACUGAUCAAAGUAGAAGUUUUUCCGCUCAUCGCUCACUUACUUGCAAAGUGAUUCUUCGCUGACAGAUGGGCCUACCAUGCUUUCAACCAGAUGUAGAGCUAACACCGGGCUUAGUAACACAGUUGUUCUCUUGUCGUGUGUGCUUGUUGGUCCAGCAUAUGAAAUCACACAUUUCUUAUGUCAUGGCUCGUGUAAAUUGGUUCGAGAAACAUCUGAAUCAAUAUAAUUUCAAGCCCCGUGUUGAGGUUCGGGACAAGGCAUCGGAAUCUGUAUCAGAGGCAUAGUUUAUGCCAGUUCAGAGAAUUAUGAAGAGUUGUGCAUAUCACCAGUAUAAAGUACAGUCUGCCAGGACUACAGAGACAGUGGCUGUGGUAGUACCAGUUUCAAGCAAGGCUGCUUUUGAGGCAUUACAUAUUUUUUUGUUUAGCCUUUAACCAGGCAAGUCAGUUAUUAAGAACAAAUUCUUAUUUGGCUACUUGGAAGUGAAACUAUAAAACAUCAAGGGACCUACCAGUGGGAGUUCUGAGAGCAGAGCUACUGUUUAUUUAUUCAUUUGUAGCGGUAUUUAAAAAUACAAAUAUAUAUUAUUCAUUGUUUGUGUUUAUUUCAGAAAGUGUAUCACACUUUUUUAUACGUUUUAUUAUCUGUUUUGUAUAUGGAACUUUGCAUUGUACUGUGAAACUGAUUGUGUUAAAAUCCCAUUUGUCAACCAGCCUUUUUAGCUUGGCCUUUAAUCAGUUACACUUUUGUUUUAUUUUCUUUGAUAACAUAUGAUCUCUUAUAUUGCCGUGCUUGUUUCUUAAUUUUAUUGUUUUAAGUGUGUUACUAUUUUAAAUGCACUUCAAAUAAAGUUUGAUUUGAUAUUGGAUCAUUAA